CUCAGCUGGCGUCCUAUACCCCCUGUCAAGAUGGCUUCUCCAACGCGUUCCGAUUGUCGAAAACGUGCAAGCAUCGUCACUUAGUCCAAGCCAUCGGCCUAAAGUCUUCCCAUCUUCACGGUUGACAGUUGGCAAUCCGACAGAAAGAUGUGAAUAAGCCUAAAUUCUUUGAGUGAAGAGGCAGCAAGAUGGUCUAUAAAAAGGGCCUCGAUACCUCAAUGGCCUCAGGUUGAACUCUCCUCAUCAUCCUUCACUCUCAACAACUAUAAACUCUUGCCAAAUAGAUCAUCAAAUCGUCCAAUAUGUCUGAAUGGAAGCCUCCGGCCUUUGGUACUCCCGUCUGGAUGAGCAUCCCUGCCACAGACGUCAGCCGUGCUGCAGAGUUCUACAAGACUGUAUUCAACUUUAACUUCAAGGACUCCGACCACAAGAAACCUGAUGUGUUCAGGAAAUUCGACUUCAACCCCAGCCUGGGCUUGACAGGUGGUAUUGUACAGGCUCCUGACUGCACUGGAAACAUCCACCCCGGAAAAGGAGGUCUCAUGGUUUACUGGUUUGUCGAAAACGUUGACAACAUCGGCCCCAUCAUUGAAAAGGCUGGAGGUAAAAUGUUGACCGAGAAGGAAAAAGAGGGCGAGCAUGGCCUGUAUAGGUUCUUUGAGGAUACCGAGGGAUCUGUUGGUGCUGUGUACCAAAUGGCUUGAAUUUAUACUUAGGAUGACUAACCUGUGCUCCUGAAUUGACUACACUCC